UUAUCGUAGUUCCGUCGCCAAAUGUCACUCCCAGCCCGGGUGUUGCCUUUGUUGAUAAGGCUAUAUCGCUAAAUAACGCACAAAUUUUACACAAAACUCGCCACCGCCGCCCCCAUUUCGUUAACUUUGUGUUCCGUUGAGUGUCGCGUCCCCGUUUUCGCACCUAACCUAAAAUGUGGAAAGCCGCCGCCGGCCAGCAGAUCAGCCUCAGCGAGCAGCCCGCCGAGGACGACGAGUGGGAGACCGACCCCGACUUCGUCAACGACGUCAACGAGCAGGAGCAGCGAUGGGGCUCCGCCACCAUCGCGGGCUCCGGCCGCACCGCCGGGGCCAUCGACAUGAGUCAACUCAGAAAGGAAACGGAAGAGGCGGACGCCCUCAAGAAAAAGAAACAAAUGAUGGAGGACCCCAGCAACCCGUCUUUCGGGUACGGGGGCAAGUUCGGGAUCGAGAAGGACCGGAUGGACCAGUCGGCAGUGGGGCACGAGUACGUGGCGAAGCUGGAGAAGCACGCGUCGCAGAAGGACUACAGCGCGGGGUUCGGGGGGAAGUAUGGGGUACAGACGGAUAGAGUAGACAAGAGUGCCGUCAGCUGGGAGCACAAAGAAAAAGUCGAAAAGCACGCGUCCCAGAAGGACUACACCUCCGGAUUCGGCGGCAAAUUCGGGGUCCAAACCGACCGACAAGACAAGUCGGCUGUGGGCUGGGAUCACGUGGAAAAAGUGGAAAAGCAUGAGUCACAAAAAGAUUACGCCAAAGGCUUCGGCGGAAAGUUCGGCGUCCAGUCCGACCGACAAGACAAAUCGGCCGUGGGUUGGGAUCACCACGAAGCGCCUCAAAAGCACGAAAGUCAAACCGAUCACAAGAUCGGAUUCGGGGGAAAAUUCGGGCUCCAAACCGACAGAGUGGACAAAUCCGCCGCCUCCUUCAACGAGGAGCCGGCGAAAGUUGGAACGAACUACACCAAAGUGAAACCGGACAUCGGCAACGCCCGACCGGGAGACUUGCGGGCCAAAUUCGAACACAUGAGCUCGCAGGACAAACCCGAGGUGGAACGGAUGUCCACCCCGAAGAAGAUCGUUCAUGCUAAAGCGGUCAUGUUCGCCACCAAAAGCACCGAAGAAGUGUCUCAAACACCAACCCCCCCUAGGUCACCCAAAGUGCUCGAUUCAUCAAAAACGGCGUUUUUGACGCAAACUAGUCCAGCGGAGGCGCCUCGUCUGGAACGAGUGGCCCCCGGACAGUUGAACCCGUCGAAACUAGCCCAGUUUACUAAUCAAAAUAGUAGUGACGAGACGAGGGAAAAUGGUGCCCGAGUUCCGAAAGCUUUGGAUGAAUCAAAGACGGCUUUUCUCACGCAAGAACGGGACGAGGAGUGGGGAGAGAGGACGACGCCUGGCCAACUAGACCAGAACAAGAUGUCGCACUUCGGGGCGCAGCCGAGUACGAGGAGUAGCAACCAAGCGAGCGCAAUCAAUGAAGAAAUCCAGCAGCUGAAGGAAAUCCAACAGUUGAAGCAACACGAAGAAGAGGAGGAGGAAAUUUACGAGAAUGUGGCGAAUGCGACUCAGAGUAGUGUGGAGCAAACUUCUCCCAGUGAGGAGGAGGUGGUGGAGAAUUACUACACUGCGGAGGAGAUCGUGGAUACGGGUAUUUCCGCUAUAGCUCUCUAUGAUUAUCAGGCGGCUGCUGAUGAUGAGAUAUCGUUCGACCCGGAUGACGUAAUCACCCAUAUUGAAAAAAUCGACGAAGGGUGGUGGAGGGGCUUGUGCAAAGGAAAGUAUGGGUUAUUCCCAGCCAACUACGUGCAAGUCAAUGAGUGAUAGAAUAGAUGCUUUAAAAGGCCUACAAGUACUUACUUUGUUUAUUUUUUUAUGUUCAUGGUUUUUAUUCAAAUGAUAUCGUUGUAUACAUGCUUCCAUUCAUAAGUUUUAUAAUAAAUGAUAAAUCAAA